CGCGCCAGACCCAUCCACUCAGCCUACGUACCGAUUCACCGACCUGAAUAUCCUUUCGGCAUACACUACUUGCGCCGAAGCGAACGACCACAAAAUAACCCCCAACAAGAACCAGCCUCACAACAAACCAACCCCCGAGAAAGCAUGACCGACCCCGCAGACACACUCCAGCAACUCCAGCAAUUACAGCAAGAAAAUGGUGACCUAGGCACCCAUCUCUCCAUAGUCCGCGUCAGCGAACCUAUCUUCUCCCCAGACGCCGAAAACCCAGGCCCGUCGCCCUCCAAGCGGACCUCAGAUGCCUCGACCCUCGAUAAUCCGUCCCCGGCAUCGCUCGAAGCAGAUUUAACCCACUACAAGGAACUAUUCUCGAAACUACGCUUCUCCUACGUCGAACAGGUUACGAAAGAGAAAUUCCUCCGCGCGAUCGUCGGUGACCCGCCUCUUGUCGUCGGACACAAUGAGAAUGUGGAGUUGGAGGCACAGUUGGCGGAGGUGAAGGCCGAGCUGCGGGCGCGCAAAGAGGAGGUUCGCGCGAUGGUGGCGGAAAUGGACAAGACGGGGAGGGAUCUUGCGGCUCGCUAUAACAACGUUCAAUUGCAGAUGACCAAGCUGUCUACCCUCCCCGAGUCGAUCGAGAGCCUCGAUGCCACGAUCGCUGGACUACGUGCGAAACAGAUGUCUGAUAUGGACGGGUCGUCGUCACAGAAGAUGUCUCUCCCGGCGACGCUAUCGCUACUGUCGGAGAGGGAGGCCGAGCUGGCGGCGCUUAAUCGCCAGCUGGCAGCGGUGCAGAAUACCCUACCGCGGAAGACGCGGGAGGCGGAGACGAUGGAGCGGGAGUUGGCGGUGCUGGAGAAACGGAAGACGGAGGCGAUUACGCAGGCCCGGGAGGCUAGACGGAGGAAGGAAGAGGGCGAGAGUGACGGGCUUGAAGAAAUGGGGAGGUGGUACAGGAGUGCUGAAGAGGUGUUGAAAAGGCUGGUGGAUGUGGAGGGCUAGCCACACCUACUAAUUCCCAGGGUGGAAUUUACGCGGAUGAUUUACGACACUAGCUAGGAAUUGGCGUUUCGGAGUGGGUUCAGGUUCAUGCAAGGUCGAUUUUGUAUAUAGAGCGGGG